CUUUAACAAAAAAAUAUCAAGAGCUUUGUCAGACACACAGGACAGCCCCAAGAAAGAAAGUGCAGGUGCAUCUGCUACAAGAUUGAGUAGACAUGAAAGGCCUGCUGCUCCUGCCACUUUUUCUGGGGACAAUUUCUUCUCUUCAUUUGGAGAAUGAUGCUGACCCUCAUCUGAAGAGCAUAAUGGCAGGUGCAGAUCUGGACCAGGGCCUAGAUGGUGUAGAGGAGCAAGAGAGAGAGUUGGCCCCAGCUCAAGAGGUGACUCAGGCCCAAGGAGACGAGGCCCAGGCUUCAAGGCAUCAAGAUGCCUUUGAGGAAGAGGAAGAGGAGGAGGCCAUGGAGUUGAACCCAGAUGCCUUAGACAAGGAUUUGCUGUGUCCCAGAGAAGAGGACACAGUUCAUAUGGAGGGAAGUCCAGGGUGCAAGACUUGCCAUUACCGACUGGUGCGGACCCCUAAGACUUUUACUAAAGCUCAGAGUGUUUGCCAGAGAUGCUACAAAGGCAACCUUGUCUCCAUCCACAGCUCCCAAGACAACUAUCAAGUUCAGUGUGCGGCCAGUCAGGUCAACCAGGCCCAGAUCUGGAUUGGAGGCUUCCUCAAGGGCUGGUUCCUAUGGAAGAAGUUUCGCUGGACUGAUGGGAGCUGCUGGGAUUUUGAACACUGGGCUCCAAGACAGCCUAGGCAUGGGAGAGGCCAUUGUGUGACCCUGUGCACCAAAGGGGGCCACUGGCAACGAGCUCCAUGCAGAAAGCACUUGCCCUUCGUUUGCUCCUAUUAAUUCAGAGGCACCCAGUCCCUGAGACCAAGCCGUUGGUCUUCACGCCUGUGGCUGUCCACACUCAUCCUUGAGAUCCAUCACUGCAGCUUCUCCUGAUCAUAAAUCCUUAAUUUCCUACGGCA